AUGGAUAAUACAAAGGGUCUAGCCAAUACUACGAAUACCAAGUAUAUAUGUGUCAUUAUAAAGCCGCCGACCCAGUACGGCACAUAUGAAGCAAUGUUGAAGACCCUCUGUGCGUAG